AUAUCCUUUCUCGUCUCUGUCUCUUCGUCCUCAUUAGCUUAAGCAUCAUCAUUCUCCUUCACCUAAUACAACUCCACAAAAGAUUCGCAUGGAAACUUGUUCUUCGACUUCUCUAUAACUCGCUACCUUUAAACUCACCCAACUCUACUGAGUCGAAAAUUUCAAACCUUUACUCGUUUCCAUGGCUAAUAACAACAACAACCCACAUGAUAGCAUCUCCGAUCCAUCUCCUACCGACGAUUUCUUUGAGCAGAUCCUCGGGCUUUCCAACUUCUCUGCGUCUUCUGGUUCUGGUCUUUCUGGAAUUGGCGGAGGAUUAAGCGGCGUGGGUCCACCUCCGAUGAUGCUUCAGCUUGGUUCAGGCGACGAAGGGAAUCAUAAUCAUAUGGGUGCCAUUGGAGGAGGUGGACCUGUAGGGUUUCAUAAUCAGAUGUUUCCGUUGGGAUUAAGUCUUGAUCAAGGGAAAGGACAUGGCUUUCUUAAACCCGAUGGUAUUCAUGGAACUGGUAAACGUUUCCAAGAUGAUGUUCUUGAUAAUCGUAUGAAACCUGUUUUCCAUGGGCAGCCAAUGUCACAGCCAGCUCCACCAAUGCCGCAUCAACAGUCUACAAUUCGACCUAGAGUUAGGGCUAGGCGAGGUCAAGCCACUGAUCCACAUAGCAUCGCUGAGAGGCUCCGUAGAGAAAGAAUAGCAGAACGGAUCAGGGCGUUGCAGGAACUUGUACCUACCGUUAACAAGACAGAUAGGGCUGCUAUGAUCGAUGAGAUUGUGGAUUAUGUUAAGUUUCUCAGGCUCCAAGUUAAGGUCUUGAGCAUGAGCCGUCUUGGUGGAGCCGGUGCUGUCGCACCACUAGUCACUGAAAUGCCAUUGUCAUCAUCAACUGAGGAUGAAACGCAGGCCGUGUGGGAGAAAUGGUCAAACGAUGGGACAGAGCGGCAAGUGGCUAAGCUGAUGGAAGAAAACGUUGGAGCAGCGAUGCAGCUUUUGCAAUCAAAGGCUCUUUGCAUAAUGCCGAUCUCAUUGGCAAUGGCGAUUUACCAUUCUCAGCCACCAGACACAUCUUCUUCAAUCGUCAAACCAGAGAUGAAUCCUCCACCCUAGAUUCUAUUUUAUCGACAGCAUCCAACAGUCCCCAGCUGAAGAUUGACAUUUUGCUCUGUUUCCCACUACUAGACUUUUGUGACUGAUGAAAGGUAAGUAAAAAGGCAUUGGAGAUGGAAUCUAAGUUGGAUUUGUGCAGUAAGAUGUAAAAAUGGGAUUUGUCAAAAGAAAGGAAAAAGCUCUCGCUUGCUUGCUUGGCUUUUUUUUUUUUUGUGCAAAGCUUGCUUGGCUAAUAUUUUAUUAUUUUGAUGAAAGUAACUCUUUUUGGUUCAAAGUCUUUAGUAUCAUUUUCAGGACGAAGGGCUUUGAAGGUAGUAAAGCUAGCUGUAGUAAUAGUAAUGAAAGGUGUUGGAUCGUAUUGAUGAAUUAUGUAAAAAAGCAAGUAAAAACAAAUGUUAGUAGUAUUA